UCAACUUCCGGGGGCAGAGGUGUUCGAAGCCGGGUGGUGCGUGGGCUAGCCCAACUUGUGUGGCUGGGGUCGCGGUCCCCCCCCAAAGGGUUUGGGGUCGUACCCCGGCUGUGCGCGUGAGGGGCCGUGUGCUGGGUGGCUCACCUGGCAGCGUGGGUGAGCGGCGCGGCGGCGGCAGCGGCGGCAGCCAGAGCGGGGAGCAGGUGCACUUGAAGAAUGGAUGAUGAUGAUUUUGGUGGUUUUGAGGCUGCAGAGAUUUUUGAUGGUGGAAAUGGUGAAACCCAAACUACCUCUCCUGCCAUUCCUUGGGCUGCUUUUCCUACAGUAUCUGGAGUCCAUCUUUCUCCAGCUUCUCCUGAGAUUGUACUGGACCAUGACCAUGCUACUUCAGUUGGCUGCCUCUCUUCUGAGCCCAUCAUUUCAUCACCAGAAAAUACACACACAGACAGCAGCAUUGUCAGUCAAACUGUUCCUAAAGCACAGAUUCAGCAAUCAACACACACUCAUCUGGAUAUCUCACUUUUUCCAUUGGGUUUAAAUGAUGAGAAAAGUAAUGGAACAAUUGCUCUUGUGGAUGAUUCUGAGGAUCCUGGAGCCAAUGUAUCAAACAUACAGCUUCAGCAGAAAAUUUCAAGUCUGGAGAUUAAGCUCAAAGUUUCUGAAGAAGAAAAACAGAGAAUUAAAAAGGAUGUGGAAUCAUUGAUGGAAAAGCAUAGUGUCUUAGAAAAAGAUUUCCUUAAAGAAAAAGAGCAAGAGGCCAUUUCUUUUCAAGAUAGAUACAAAGAACUUCAGGAAAAACAUAAACAAGAAUUGGAAGACAUGAGGAAAGCUGGUCAUGAAGCUCUCAGCAUUAUUGUGGAUGAAUAUAAGGCACUACUGCAGUCUUCAGUUAAGCAACAAGUAGAAGCUAUUGAAAAACAGUACAUUUCUGCAAUUGAGAAACAAGCACACAAGUGUGAAGAGUUGUUAAAUACUCAGCAUCAGAGGCUCCUUGAAAUGCUAGAUACAGAGAAGGAACUAUUGAAAGAAAAAAUAAAGGAAGCUUUGGUUCAGCAAUCUCAAGAACAGAAGGAGAUAUUGGAAAAAUGUUUGGAAGAAGAAAGGCAAAGAAAUAAAGAGGCAUUAGUAUCUGCUACAAAGCUUGAGAAAGAAGCAAUGAAGGAUGCAGUUUUAAAAGCCAUAGAAGAAGAAAGAAAAAAUUUGGAAAAAGCCCAUGCUGAAGAAAGAGAGUUAUGGAAGACUGAGCAUGCAAAAGAUCAAGAAAAAGUAUCUCAGGCAAUUCUAAAAGCUAUACAAGAACAAAGAAAAAUAAGUCAGGAAACUGUUAAGGCAGCAAUAAUAGAAGAGCAAAAGCGAAGUGAAAAGGCUGUGGAAGAGGCAGUGAAGAGAACAAGAGAUGAAUUGAUAGAGUAUGUAAAAGAACAGAAAAGACUUGAUCAAGUCAUCCGCCAAAGAAGCCUGUCCAGUUUGGAACUGUUCCUCUCUUGUGCUCAGAAACAGUUAAGUGCGCUAAUAGCUACAGAACCAGUUGACGUUGAAUAAAGGGAACAUGACAAACUAACCCCACUGGCAAUGGAUAAAUCAUUAGACCUCUAAAAUACAUGCUGUGAAUUAUAAAGAUGCUUUUGUUUUCCUUCCAAACCUUGGAGAAUUGAUUUCCACUUAAAGGGUAAACCAAACGAAUAUUUAGAAGAACUAUCACGAGAUCUAAUUUAUUUUCUUUUGUUUUCUCCUUUACGUUUACUGUCAUUUUCUUAGGAUCAGGAGUUGUUGUAGUAGCAGCAACGGAAAGUAUGAUGUGACCCAAAAGCUGCUGAAAAUUGCCACAUUACCAAAAACCUAAUUAAACUUCAUAGCCUCUUGUGGCCUAUUAUAUUGUAUUUGGCAAAAAUAGUAAAUAUCUUUACUUAUUGCUUCACAGUGACUCUUGAUAAGAUUCUAUAAUGUAAUCAUACAUUUAUUUGAUUUUGAGGAUAGAAACAGCAUGGACUUCAACAUCACUUAUUUGUCUAUGUAACUUUGAUAUAAAACACUGAUAUGACAAAGAGUCAUUCUGAUAUUACCAGACCCCUUUUCUGUAGUAGGAUCUAUGUAUUUUCAUCAGUAGCAAUUAAAAAUACUGAACAUUAUUAUAUUAAUUCAGCUUUGAUCUGAUGUACUGCCUAAAGGGGUAUGUGUGUGAUAUAUGCUUAUUUUCCUGUUUCUAUUCUUCAAAGUCACUAUAAAUCAAUAAAAUCAUUUUUCUUACUAAUCAUAUCGUGAACUUAAUCUCUAGAAAGGUAAUAUAACUUAGCCAUUUAUAGGAAUUCAAGUUCAAAUAUAAAAGAUAUAAAAUCCUUUCCCAGUACUUCAGAAUGUACUUAAAUCAUGAGCAAUGUACUUUAAUGCAAAAUCAUGAGGUUUUUAACAUCAAAACUAAAAUGCUGUCAUUAAAAUGUAUGCAAACAUUUUGUCUUGCUUUCUGAAAUGCUUCUAUUUCCAUGAGCUUUGUACUUUUCUGGAAUUUCUCAAUGAGUAAUAAAAAGAACUCCAAAAACUUA